AUGAACUUCCCUGAACCAGUGGCACCACAGAGUGAUAAUAGUGUGGUAGGCACUACUAAGGAUGAGGUUUGGCCCACUGCUAGUUCGAAGGAGCACCGGGCGCGCACACCGACCUGCAAUGCAACGCGCUUCCCCGAUCCGCCUCGCUUCUCCCCUCAAUCCCCGAGCAACCGCCGCCGCGCCGCCUUCUCAAACACAGAAACACUACCCCGCCUCUCAUGGCGACCGACGCGCCCGCCGUCCGGCGCGGCGACUCUCGCGGGGACGGACGCCGCGGACCUGCCCCUUAUCCCUUCAACCAUCACCGUGGGCUUCCUGACCCCCUCUACCCUCCUCUCCCCAACCAUUUGCUCUGCGCGGGCUAACCCUAGCGGGCGGCGGCGAUUCCGGCGGGCAGCGGCCUGGGAGCAUGGCCAGAGCGUGCUGGCCAGGCUCCGCGGGCGGCACGGCCCCACGAGCGGGCCAGGCGCGGGCGGCCCGGCCAGGGCGGGUGCGUCCGCGCGAGGCCAGCGCGUGCCGGCCAGGCACGGGUGGGUGCGCGUCCUGGCCUGGCGCACCGGCCAGCUGCGGAUGCACGUGCCCACCAUGGAUGCUAGAGGCAAUCCGGUGCUGGAUUUGGAGGCUAGGAACAUGCAAAUUCUUGUACUGUGGGAUUAUGGACAAAAUUUCAAGGCAAAUGAGGGGAAUCACAGCACUAGUUAUAGAAGAUGAAGCACAGCAUGUUGUUUUCUGCUUUUCUCAGACACGCUUAGAUUAUAAGCUAAGCGAAGAUUUUCUCGUUGCUGGCUUUUCGCUUCUCGUAGUUCAAAUCUCUGGAGCGGAUUACCACAAAGCAAAAUAAGCAAAAAUAAGCGAGGUUUUGGUGGGAUUAUCGCUUAUUUCCACCGAUAAGCCGAUUAUAAUCAGAAACAAACAUGGCCUUAAGUUGUUUUACUGCUGUUUUAUGUCCGAACACCAAGUUUUUUUAAUAUCAAAAAAAAUCAAAUAUGCGAUUUGUCUUGGUAACUAGCCCAACAAUUCAAGUCUGAAAUUAUUGUCAUUUUCUUUAAUUGUAACUGCUAUCAGCAUAUUCAUUCUUCUUGGAAAAUACUUUGUUAUAUCUUGCUCGGUUGAUUUGCUUAGCGAGAUGACAUGGCGCCUUUGAUAGGUUGACUGUCCGAGAUGGCUCUCGCCUAGCAUCCAGUAUUGCUUGAAUACCUCAUUUUUAAGUUGUAUCUACUCUUAGCAACGAUAUUAUGGAUGGUGAGACAAUCUACUUCCUCUUAUCACACAUAUAAAUCCAUUAGGACACUUUGCCUAAUAGUAUCGAUAAAACAUGAAAUUUAGGAUGUUACCGAAUGACACUUUGACUAGCAAUAUCGAUAAAUAUAUGUACCUUAAAUACAAUGAGUUAUAUAUUAUGAAAGUAUUUUUCAUAAUGAUUAUACUAAUGCCAAUCUUGUGUUGACAAUAUAUGCAAAAGUUUGUUUAUUAAGGAUAAGCUAAAAAUAUUUGAUUUAGGAGUUAGGACAAACCUAGAUGAGCGUAUAUUUGCGAUCAGAUGAAGUAUUUAACAUGGGAUAUGAACUAUCUACUGGAAGCAUCAAUUGUAUUACAAUUGAUGAAUUGAAUGUUGAUUGAUUAGGUUCAGGUGUUCUGGCCUUGUGGAUUUGUGCUUACUUGCGUUAGUUAAGCAGUUAUUAACAGUCUCUUUUUCUCUAAAUAACAAGAAUCACUAUCUCCAUUCCUGAACCUAGCAAUGGCUUUUCCACUAUGUAUUUAUGAUCUUUAUUUCCAAAACCUGCAAUAUUUACGUUCCAGAAUGUCGAAAAAGAUUGCGAAGUUACCAUGGAAUGAUACUGCGAUUCUGAGGUGUGUUCACUGCUUUAUCGUUCUAACUAAUCUGUUUUAUCUCCCUAUUGCAGGACCGGC